AUGGGCGUGGCGCUGCGCGCGGUGGUGGCGGUGGCGGAGCCCAAGGCGAAGGUGGAGGCGUACCGCGCGCUGCUCGCUGACGUCAUCGCGCGCAACGACGUGGAGCACGCCAAGCUGUUCGUCGACCACAGUGCGGCCAUGGGGGUGGGGGGAGCGGGGAGUGGGGGGGUUUGCGGGAACAGGGGGUGGAGAGGAGAGCGAGGGGGGUUGCGGGAGGCCGGGGGGUGGCGAGAAUGGGGGAGGAGGGAUGCGUGCGUGGGGGGGUGGGACGGGGUAUGGAUGGUGGGUGCGGCGACGACUGCUGAUGCCAGUAGCGGAUUGUGCUUUGGACUCUGGGGGGCGGAGCGAGCGAGCGACCGAGUGGUGCUUGUGCGGGCUGCUGCUUGCGGGGACCGUGCCCGUGAAAGGCGGAGGCGGCAGCAAGUUAGAGGCGACACCACUUUUCCUCGUUCGUUCCACAACCAACUCCCCUUUCACCCCUCCCUCAUCCCCACCUCACCCCUCCCCUCAACCCCAUUAACCCCCCCGCUAACCCCCCCCCCCCCCCCCUUCCCCCACCCUCACUCACCCGUCACCCCCCCUCCUCAACCCCCUUUCCCUCCUUGUCCCCGCUCCAUGCGGCAGUGCUAUCAGGACGUGCCCCUGAUGGUGGCGCGGCAGGUGCUGCAGCAGCUGCCACUCCGUCCCACCAGCCUCUCUUCUCACCCUCCUGCAUCUUGCCUCACCUCCCCUCCCUCCCCUCCCCCCCCGCACCCCCCGCACGCACUGCCGCCCGCAGUGCUAUCAGAGGACGUGCCCCUGGUGGUGGCGCGGCAGGUGCUGCAGCAGCUGGCGGGCGAGCUGGGGGGGCUGCGCGCCGAGCAGCACAAGGCUGUGGCGCUCUACGCCCUCGCGCACAUCCAGCCGCGCGUCGUGUCCUUUGAGGAGCAGCCCGCCUACCCUUCCCACCCUCCUCUCUCCGCAUUUCUCCGCCCGUUGCGCCUGUCGUGCUCGGUUCGCCCGCUCAUGGCCGCAUGGUGGGAGCAGGUGGCGGUGAUCCGAGAGGGGCUGGCAGCGGUGUACGAGGGCGAGGAGGAGUGGGCCAAGGCCGCUCAGAUGCUCGCAGGCAUCGACCUGGAUGGGGGCAGCAGGGGCCAGGAUGUGAAGUACCGCCUGGGCAAGUGCAUCAAGAUCGCUCUGCUCUACCUCGAGGACGACGAUGCAGUGAGUGCGGAGACGUACAUCAAGAAGGCAUCCUUCGACAUCGGCGAACACAAGGACGAGGCGCUCACACUGCAGUACAAGGUGUGCUAUGCACGGAUUCUGGACUCCAAGAGGAAGUUCCUGGAAGCUGCGCUCAAGUACUAUGACCUCUCCCAGCUGGACCAGAGGGAGCUGGGCGGCAAGCAGGUGGAUGAGGAGGAGUUGGAGGCGGUGCUGAACGCCGCUGUCACCUGCACCAUCCUCGCUGCUGCCGGCCCCCAGCGCUCCCGCAUGCUCGCCACGCUCUAUAAGGACGAGCGCUGCAGCAAGCUGAAGAUCUACCCCAUUCUGCAGAAGGUCUGCAUCGCCUCGCCCCUCCCUUGCUCUCUUACUCCCUUUGCAUCUUUUCUCCUCCCCCGUUAUUGCCCCUCCUCCCCACCCGUUCUCUCACUGCCGUCCUCCACAUUCCCCCUCCCACCGCCCUCCUUACCCCAUUUUGCCUCCGCGCCACCGCCUUUUGCCGCCCGUCCACCCCUCGCCGUGCAGGUGUAUCUGGAGCGCAUCCUGCGAUCCCCCGAGGUGGAGGCAUUUGCCAAGGAGCUCAAGCCGCAUCAGAAAGCGGUGCUACCAGGGGGGUCAACGGUGCUGGACCGGGCAGUGAUAGAGCACAACCUGCUCAGCGCCAGCAAGCUGUACACCAACAUCAGCUUUGAAGAGCUGGGUGCUCUGUUGGGCAUUGCCCCGCACACGGCGGAGAAGGUGGCGGCGCGCAUGAUAUCGGAGGACAGGAUGAAGGGCAGCAUCGACCAGGUGAGGCAGCAUCGACCAGGUGAGGCAGCAUCGACCAGUGCUCGCCAUAAGGUGGCAGCAGCAAUUUGCAAAGAUUUCCGCCCUUCGCUCCCCGCUCUCCCUGCCACCCCUCUCUCUGCUCUCUCCCGGCCACCCUUCACCCGUCGCUCCCUGGUGCACGUGUCAACCCUGUCGGCCAUGCCAGGUGGAGGCGGUGAUUCACUUUGA